CACCAGCAAAAUCAUCCGCCGAUUGAAGCGUCGAUUCGAUCAUUUCUCACAGCAGUCUACCACUACCAGCCAACCAAGCUGCAGCCAUGAAGGAAGCUCUCAUCGCCCCCGGGCCCAAAGUCCAGAUCGUGGACUCACCGAUCCCCGAGCCAAAUGACGACCAGGUGCGGAUCAAGGUCGUGGUCAGCGGGUCCAACCCCAAGGACUGGAAGGUGCCCGAGUGGCAGAACACCGUCAUCAACCAGGGCGACGACAUCGCCGGCGUCGUCGACAAGGUCGGCGCGAACGUGACCGAGUUCAAGCCCGGCGACCGCGUCGCCGCCUUCCACGAGAUGAUGUCCCCGCACGGCAGCUACGCCGAGUACGCCAUCGCCUGGGCCCACACGACGUUCCACAUCCCCAAGACGACCAGCUUCGAAGAGGCAUCAACCAUCCCCCUCGCAGCCAUGACCUCCGCCAUCGCCCUGUACAACCACCUAGGCCUCCCCGAGCCAUGGCGACCGGCCGACCCCGGCGCGGACCCCACCCCGCUGAUCAUCUAUGGCGCCGGGUCUGCGGUGGGCGCGUUCGCCAUCCAGCUGGCGCGGCGCAGCGGCAUCCACCCGCUGAUCUGCGUGGCGGGCCGGUCCUCGGCCCACAUCGAGACGCUCAUCGACCGCAGCCGCGGCGACAUCAUCGUCGACUACCGCGGCGACACCGACGCCGACUCCGGAAAAGGGGUGGUGGUGAAGCGCCUGCGCGAGGCGCUGGGCGGGAGGACGUCGCUGCACGCGCUCGACGCCGUGUCCGACGCCGGGAGCCACGCGAACCUCGUCGCCGUGCUGGGCAAGGGGGCCAGGGUGGCGCGCGUGCUGGCGCCCAGGGCGGGCGACGACGCGAGCGGCGUGGAGGUCAGCCAGACCUUUGUCGGGAGCGUGCACAAGGACACCAAGGACUUUGGAUUCGUCUCCUUCAGGCUGUUUGGGCGCGGGUUGGCCGAGGGCUGGUUCGCCGGCCACCCGACCGAGGUGGUUCCCGGGGGCCUGGGCGGGGUCCAGACGGCGCUGGACAACCUCAAGGCGGGGAAGGCGAGCGCUGUGAAGUAUGUUUUCCGCAUCGCGGACACUGAAGGGGUUGCAGGGAAGUAAACUGGGGGCCUGUUGGUGAGGCUGAUGAUUCGGAAUGCCUUGUCUGCUCCAUGGUCACAAUCGGAUGCAGCAUUAUUGGGUGGUUUGGCUUGGCAGAGGCGGGUUGUUGAGAAAUCGUCAAGAGG